CGAGAGCAUCUCUUUUGCUGAAGUGAUGGCGUGCCCAAACUAUUUUCUGUGGGUAUAAUCCUGCACCAUAAAUGGCCUGACCAAGGAAGACAAUUACUCAACUCAAAGGAAAAUGAAUACCAAAGAAUAGCAGUGGAUUCUAAACCAAUCGGAAAAGCCUUUUCCUUGAGCACUGUCUCAUAUCCCAUUACUGGAUCCUUACAACAUGCUUCAGUGGAGAAGACGACACUGCUGUUUGGCAAAGAUGACCUGGAAUACCAAAAGGUCUCUGUUUCGCACCCAUCUCAUUGGCCUGGUCUCUCUGGUGUUUCUUUUUGCCAUGUUUCUGUUCUUUAACCAUCACGACUGGCUGCCAGGCAAGGCUGGAUUCAGAGAAAACCCCAUGUCUUACACCAUACGAGGAUUUAGAUCUACAAAAAGUGAGACCAACCACAGCUCCCUAAGGAGCAUGUGGAGAGAUGCUGUGCCUCAGACACUCAGGCCUCAGACAGUCACCAACCCCAACAACACAGAUCUGUCCCCACAGGGAGUCACUGGUUUGGAAAACACCCUCAGUGCCAAUGGAAGUAUUUACAACGAGAAAGGCACUGGGCAUCCCACCUCCUAUUAUUUCAAAUACGUCAUCAACGAGCCUGACAAGUGCCAGCAAAAGACCCCUUUUCUAAUACUGCUCAUAGCUGCAGAGCCAGGCCAGGUGGAGGCCAGACAAGCAAUUCGACAGACCUGGGGCAACGAGAGCCUGACGCCUGGCAUCCAAAUUGUGCGGAUUUUUUUGUUGGGCUUAAGCACCAAGGCAAACGGAUACCUGCAGCGAGCCAUCCUUGAGGAAAGCAGACAGUACCACGACAUCAUUCAACAAGAAUACUUAGACACCUACUAUAAUUUAACUAUAAAAACUCUGAUGGGAAUGAACUGGGUUGCAACCUACUGUCCACAUGUUCCAUAUGUUAUGAAAACUGAUAGUGAUAUGUUUGUCAAUACUGAAUAUUUAAUACACAAGCUUCUGAAACCAGAACUUCCUCCGAGGCACAAAUAUUUUACAGGUUAUUUAAUGAGAGGUUAUGCACCUAAUAGGAACAAGGAUAGCAAGUGGUAUAUGCCACCUGAUUUGUAUCCAAGUGAACGUUAUCCUGUAUUCUGCUCUGGAACUGGUUAUGUUUUUUCUGGAGACUUAGCAGAAAAAAUCUUUAAGGUCUCCUUAAGCAUCAGACGUUUACAUUUAGAGGAUGUGUACGUGGGGAUCUGUCUCGCCAAGCUGCGGAUUGACCCCAUGCCCCCACCCAACGAGUUUGUCUUCAAUCACUGGCGAGUUUCUUACUCCAGCUGUAAAUACAGCCACCUAAUUACCUCCCAUCAGUUCCAACCUAGCGAGCUGAUCAAAUACUGGAACCACUUACAGCAGAACAAGCACAACGCCUGCGCCAACGCGGCCAAAGACAAGGCCGGCAGGUACCGCCACCGCAGGCUGCACUGAGGGCCCCGCGCCGCACGUGUAAAUAAACAGCGCUCAACGCACCCACAGUGACACCCAGCAGCCCCAGGCACAGCCCAGACUGAGCCCAGCACACAGGGCA